AUGUCCGAAACUUAUGCUGCAUUACCCCAAGGGAGAGAACAGGACUAUAAAGAUUUCUUAUUCAAGUUUCUUGUUAUUGGAAGUGCAGGCACUGGAAAAUCUUGUAUCUUACACCAGUUUAUUGAGAAUAAAUUUAAACAAGAUUCAAAUCACACUAUUGGAGUUGAAUUUGGCAGUAAAGUUGUGAAUGUUGGAGGCAAGUCAGUGAAGCUACAGAUCUGGGAUACAGCUGGACAAGAACGAUUCCGAUCAGUGACCAGAAGUUAUUAUCGAGGAGCUGCUGGUGCUUUGUUGGUUUAUGACAUCACAAGUCGUGAAACAUACAACGCCUUAACAAAUUGGUUAACAGACGCCCGAACACUUGCCAGUCCAAAUAUUGUGAUAAUUUUGGUGGGAAACAAAAAGGAUCUGGAAGCUGAUAGAGAAGUUACCUUUUUGGAAGCUAGCCGAUUUGCACAGGAAAAUGAAUUAAUGUUUUUGGAAACAAGUGCUUUGACUGGAGAGAAUGUGGAAGAAACAUUUUUGAAAUGUGCUCGAUCAAUACUCACCAAAAUUGAAUCAGGUGAACUUGAUCCAGAGAGGAUGGGUUCCGGAAUACAGUACGGUGAUGCCUCUCUGCGCCGCCUGCAUCGGCAACAACAACAGACACGGCGGCCAGAUUGUGCUUGCUGA